GCCUAUAUUUGCGCAGGAUGAAAGAUGCACUCCCCAGAGAGCUCUUGGACCGUGGACGCAGUCUAAGUUGGCAACUGCUGAGGGGAUUUCCCUGGAUAAUCCGCGCUACUUUGCACAGCUACUCAGGAAUCUUGGUCAGUUCUCCCUUGUAUGCAGAGCUUGGGCUCCGUCAGCUCGUAGACAUCUCUUUCGAGACAACGCCUUGGACAACGCCCACUCGUUCCGGCGCGUAUUGAACU